CUGUAUACGCCUGCGGCAUUUCCUUGUUCGGCAUGUGAAGGAGAAAGAGGAACCAUGGUGGACAGGUGCCUCUCCCUGUGUAUUAUGGUCGCCGUUCUUCCAAUCCGGAUCCUCCAUGCUUUGCCAACAACAGCAGACUUUCAGUGUCGCGGACACGGAAGAAAGUACAAGGAUGUCAACCCAGACGGCAAACUGGUCUGCAAGAAUUGCUCCAAGUGUCCCCCCGGCCAGGGUGUUUCUGCGGAGUGUACGGAGUACGCAGACACGGCGUGUGAACCGUGUGUCGCCGGGAGGACGUUUUCGGGAACCGCUAGUAACUGGAGACGCUGUGAACCGUGCUCCGUGUGCUCGACCCACGAGCUGACCAAAAGAGAGUGUACGCCUACCAGAAACAGCAGAUGUGGACUUUGCGUAAAAGGCUAUUUCUAUAACGACAUUACGAGAGACUGUGAUCGCUGUUCCUGGUGUUUUCCCGAGUACCCGAGUAUUGCCGAUCGCCAGGCCGAGUGUGACGUCACAGGGGUAAAACCUGGUUAUCAGUGCGGACCAAUCAUAGACCCUCCCUACCCCCCACCCCUGGACAACAUGGAACAUUCCACAUUACCUACAGGAGAAAGCACAACAAGAAAAUUCCUACUACAGCGAACUGUUGAGUCUGACAGCAAACCACCAGAGGACAGGCAAAAACGAACGUCGGAAGCUUACCAAACAUCUACAGAAUUCCACUUCAUCUUAUCUAAGACGACACCAACAAAAUUUCCUCCUCCAAACGACACAAGAACAACCACCUCAGCAUACGCAAGGAAUGUACUGACAGUACAAAGGCCCAUCUUCAAGGCAACGUCGGUCAAUACUGGUGUGGUUUUCUCAACAGGACAACGUUUAAGUCAAAGUCCUGUGCCACCUACGGCGCUUGGUGUAGUGAUAGCCGUCUUAGUGGUGACAGUUCUUGGGAUCUUCACUCUUUACGUGAAGCGUGGUAGUAGGAGGAGGUGUGAGAGGGAAAUACAGGUACAUCUGCAAGAACCUUUGAUGGCACAAGAAACGUCACAGGAGGAGGGACUCGUGGAUAUACAUUGUUCUGAGGCUGACAACGUUACUGCUGACUAUCUUUCUACAGAGCUUACGAUAGUUGUAUAAAUGCUGUGUUUUUAUGGUUUAUCUUUCGUUAAAUAACAGGGUUUGCUUUUCCAGAGGCAUGCUCAUCUUGUGAUAAAUAGAUGAACAUUGAGUGAAUAAAAAAGCAAAAUGAGUGAGGCUAAAUGCAGGACUACUACACACAUGUCUAGAACUGUGUUUUGCAUGUUAUUAUUUCACUUAAGAUUGUAAAAAAAAUGACAACAGAGCACUUCAAAGUCUAUGGUUACAUAUGAAGUGUAUAUUUGUGUAAAUAAACCAUUCCAGUUUAUUUCUAAUUUGAACUGUAAUUAAAGAAUACAUGUGCAUUCUACAAAACUUCAUUGUUGUUGGAUGCUUUGAUACACAAAAAUUAUU